UUUUUUGACAGCGGCAGCGCUGUUGGGAAACAAACAAGGACGUGGGUCGGGGUUGGGGACUAUUUUUUCCCCUCCUCGCUCCUCUCUCGAUCUUGCACCAACCGCUUCUCAUCCCUGCGAGAUUACCGAGGAUAUGGCGGCUUCGGACUCGGCAGUUUAUUGCAAGUCUGAUGAGUGAGAGUGCCGGCAGCCUGCUCCUCCACCGCGAUGGUCGACAUGGAGAGCCACUACCAUCCCCCUUCUCCCCUGGAGGACACGUUGCUGGACAGCCCCCUGUGCGCCGAUGACGACUUCAUGGGCGGCAUGGAGGAGCUCCAGGACAUCUCCCAGUCCAUCGACAACGAUGCCCUCAGCUCUUUCGAUGUCCCUGAAUACCAGUCCUCCAGCAAUGGCUCCGAAGGUUCCACUGUCCUAGAUGCCCUGACGCCAGCAUCCAGCCCCUCAUCAGUUGUUUACGGGCUGGCGGCCGGCCAGGAGGAGUUCUCAUCUUCCUCCUCAUCGCUCAAUCUUGAGUGUCGAGUGUGUGCUGACCGCGCCUCGGGCUACCACUACGGAGUCCACGCCUGCGAGGGCUGCAAGGGUUUUUUCCGGAGGACCAUCCGUCUGAAGCUGGAGUACGACAAGUGCGAGCGCCGCUGCAAGAUCCAAAAGAAGAACCGCAACAAGUGCCAAUACUGCCGCUUCCAGAAGUGCCUGUCAGUGGGCAUGUCCCACAACGCCAUCCGUUUUGGUCGGAUGCCCCAGUCGGAGAAGCUAAAGUUGAAGGCGGAGAUGGUGACGGGGGACAGGGAGGUGGAAGACCCUCAGAUAGCCGACCAGAAGACGCUGGCCAGGCAGAUUUACGAGGCCUACCUCAAGAACUUCAACAUGAACAAGGCCAAGGCUCGAACCAUUCUCACUGGCAAGACCAGCACCCCUCCUUUCGUCAUCCACGACAUGGAGACCCUCCAGUUGGCAGAGCAGACGCUGGUGGCCAAGAUGGUCGGCUCUGCGGGAGUGCUGAAGGACAGGGAGGCAGAGGUUCGGAUUUUCCACUGCUGCCAGUGCACAUCGGUGGAAACCGUCACGGAGCUCACAGAGUUUGCAAAGUCCGUCCCCGGGUUCUCGAGCCUGGACCUCAACGAUCAGGUGACUCUUUUGAAAUAUGGAGUGUACGAGGCUCUCUUCGCCAUGCUCGCCUCCAGUAUGAACAAGGACGGGCUCCUUGUAGCGUACGGCUCAGGCUUCAUCACCCGGGAAUUCCUCAAGAGCCUGCGGCGUCCAUUCAGUGAUAUGAUGGAGCCAAAGUUCCAGUUUGCCAUGAAGUUUAACGCGCUAGAGCUUGACGACAGUGACCUGGCUCUGUUUGUGGCUGCCAUUAUCUGCUGUGGAGACCGACCAGGCCUGGUGAAUGUGGCGCACAUCGAGCGAAUGCAGGAGAGCAUUGUGCAGGUGCUACAGCUCCAUCUGCUGGCCAAUCAUCCAGACGACGUUUUCCUCUUCCCCAAGCUGCUGCAGAAACUGGCUGACCUCCGGCAGCUAGUCACUGAGCACGCACAGCUGGUGCAGGAGAUCAAAAAGACAGAGGACACGUCGCUGCACCCGCUCCUGCAGGAGAUCUACAGAGACAUGUACUGAGGAUUGUGGAUGAAUAACCAGGAGAGGCACUCUGCAAACCAUCUCCUUUUUUCAGGGACAGAAGAAGAAGAAGAGUCCUCCAUAAGCUAGGGUUGAACCACUUAACCCCCCCCCUUCCCCCAAUGCAGCAAGAGUUAGCUUUGGUCAGAAAAAGAGGCCCAAGCAAGAAGCUAGUGAUUCUCUUGUUCUGACACAGUGCUCUCCACUCCAUUGUGUGGACCUUCCCAGGCAGAGAAGUCAUGUAUGCAAAGCUGCAAUGUACAGCUGAUUGAGCCCCUGCUUAGGCACCAGUGUAUGCAAUCUCAGACCAAACCUCUCGGAUAAAAACACUAAAUACUAAUUUAAAGUCUGACCUCUGUGUUUAUCCCCAUCCUGACCCUUAACAAACAUGAAGAAAGACAGUGAACUUCAUAGUCGUCACUCCAGCAGUACGUUUGAGAGUACAUUUUUAUACUGAUGUCAAAGAGCAAAGAGCCAUAUACCUUCACAGUUAACAGCACCCAAAUGACUUCAGUGGCAGCAGCAACAUUAAGACAGUAAUGAUACAGUUUUCAAGCAAGGCAGCUUCUGCCAAAUUGGCUACCAAGAAAGGGUGGUUGUCCGUGCACCAGCCCUCCAGCAUGUUUCCUCACCUUUUUAUACCCAGAGACACGACCGUCACCAGGCUCCUGAACGUAAUCAUUUAUUUGUACUGUAAGCCUUCGAAGCCAUACUCUGUUUGUAAAGAUACUGGAAAUGAUCAACAUCUUCUCUCUUCCUAACAAGACAGCAUCAAGACUCGGUAUGGAUGGUCAUCACUUAUUUCUCAGCUUGUACACAAACUAUUCAGGCAGUAGUAUUUUUACACUUCAGUAUAAAUCAGCAAAAUUUGAAGUUUUUGCAGACUGAAGUGACCGCAGACGCAGAUUCACUGUGUACACGCACCGCAAGCACAGACACGCCUGUGAUAUGUUAAUGAGACACUAUUUUAUAUCGGACCUCUGUUGAAUGCCUUUCUCGCAAAACACAUGCACAGACGUUUGGCACUCCAUCCUGUUUUGUGUCCUGGUAUUCAAGGGCUAAGACCAAGAUAAACCGCAUUACGACCUUAAUACGGGCAGACUUAGGGUGGAUUUGCUGGAAAUGAAUUCAUCUGUUUCUUAAUUUCUCACUCACUGAGGCCCUGUUCCUCAAAAUUACAUCUCAUUAUUUUUUUUCUCGCAAUUAGUCAUGCUGUCUCUCUCCUCGCUCUCCUGUCAGUACUUCUGCCUUCUGUUGUGUUUCACGGACUGUGUUCGGUCCCAUUAACACAUGCAGUAGAUUAAGAUUCAGGGGUCUUAUGCACACAUUUUUUUAUGAGAUGGCAAAUCACAAGCAUUUUUUUUCUUCAUAGGAGAAAAUCAGAAUGCUACGGCCUCACAGAUUAAACCAAGACUUUGACAAUUGGAGGUUUUUUCAUCAUCAGAAACCCUCAUUUUGAGUGAAAAGGAUUCUGUGUUGGUCAAACGGUCAAACCAAACACAAGCAUGUGGCCAUCUGCACUUACGACAUUUUUCACAAUUACAUAAUUAUAUAGUGAUGGAUGAAGACCAAAUACGUUUCCAUGUGGCAUCAUUUAGAUGUUUUUGUCCGUUAUCUGUUAUGAUGUGAAAAUGCCACUCCUGUAUUUUAUAAUCAUACUGCCUUUUAUAAAAAGAAAGAAAAAAUGAACAUGCGACACAGAAGACCUACAGUAAAGGAAUGCUGAUGGUGAAAACAUGCAUGUCUCAUACUUUGCGUAAUAUAUAUGUGGAUCUGAGAGAGAAUGCCCCCCUCCCUCCCUCCCAACCACCCCUCCCAUCUGCUUAUCCAACCAAAAUCUAAAAUCAUCAUGAACUGACUGAAAGUCAGUUCAUGAGAAAUGGACUUUGUGUUUAUAAUUACAUCCCAUUGUAUAAACAGAGUGAACUGUACAUAGCUGAAAUGAUCGCACCGACUACCCCGCCCCAACUUUUAACUCUUGAGGUAUACAAGGUACUAUGAUGAUCAACUUUUGUAUUCCUCUGUUUGGUGAAAAAAACAACUUUUAAAUGUUUGAAAUUCUACAGCAAGUGUAGUUAUGUACUGUACGUUCUAUUUUUUUUU